AGCUGCCUCUAUGCGUCCAGCCUGUGUCCUGGUCUUUGCUUUCACCUCCAUAACAAUGUCUGGCCUAGUCAAAGCUUCCAAUACUCUGAAAUCUAUAGAUUAUGAAGUCUUUGGCCGUGUACAGGGUGUAUGCUUUAGAAUGUACACUGAAGAUGAAGCAAGGAAACUUGGUGUGGUUGGAUGGGUGAAAAAUACAAGACAAGGAACUGUACAAGGACAAGUUCAAGGACCAGAAGACAAAGUGAAUUCCAUGAAAGCUUGGCUGAGUAAAGUAGGAAGUCCCAGCUCAAGGAUCGAUCAUACUGAAUUUUCUAAUGAGAAGGAUAUCCCAAGUCUUCAGUUUAAAGGAUUCAGCACUAGAUACUAAAAGAGUCAUACAACAAGCACACAAGCAUAACAGAUAUAGUGGGUUACAGACAGCCUGAUAGCACUGAUGUUCUUUUAGUAAAUUUGCCUGACAGAUGUGGGUCCUAGCUCCAGGAGAACAGGGAUUCAUUGACACCCAUUUACCAGUUCAUGAUUUCCAUGUACUUCCCUAAAAAUCUAUAGGAGCAGCGCUCAGCUCUUCGUGCAAUUUAAAAAACUUCAUUUAAAAGGUCUGUGCACACUGAAGUAGAGAACCACUAGCAGAAUCUGAUAUGUGUAGGAAUACACCUCCUAAGAAUCAACCCAACAGUUCCUAUCAUUUUGAUAUUUCGAUAAUUUGGGUAAUCCGUUAAUAUGUUAAAAAUUGGCAAGUAAAUUUUAUUAGGGAUGUCCCAAUACCGAUACUAGUAUUCUCCAUCGUAUCGGGGACUCUUUCAAUGUCCCCGAUACCAAAUCCGA